AUGACUGAUACAGAAAAAGAACGAGAACCGUCGUUGAAACCAUUCCCAUCCGGUGGCCAAAAUAGCAAAGCCAACCUCAGCGAACCGGUCAAAGAUCACAGAAGGAGACGCUCCUCCAGUAUAAUAUCGCAUGUGGAACCCGAGACGUUCGAGGAUGAGAACGACCAGCAGUUGUUGCCCAAUAUGAACGCCACUUGGGUGGACCAACGAGGUGCCUGGAUCAUCCAUAUUGUGAUUAUUUUACUGCUCAAGAUAUUCUACAACCUGUUCCCUGGCGUGACGACCGAGUGGUCGUGGACGCUUACAAACACUACCUAUGUUGUCGGCUCCUAUAUCAUGUUCCAUCUGAUAAAGGGCACGCCGUUUGACUUCAACGGCGGGGCCUACGACAAUCUGACCAUGUGGGAGCAGAUCAACGGAGAGACACUUUACACGCCAGCGAGGAAAUUUCUAAUAUUGGUGCCCAUUUCGUUGUUCCUGGUCAGCACGCACUAUUCACAUUACGAUCUAAAGCUUUUCUCAUGGAACUUUCUAUUGACUACGGUUUUGGCUGUUGUGCCAAAGUUGCCCGUUACUCACAGACUAAGAAUUUCGAUCCCCGGCAUUACUGGACCAGCACAGAUCAGCUAA